AAUGCCGCUCGGAGAUGCUGCGAUAGGUCCUCAUGAGAAGCGGGAGAUUAUUCAGCACCAUGGACAGCAGCGGUGUGUCGGUCCUCCUUUCUGCCAGACGCGACACUACAUUCUCAUUGUGAUCGGAGAAAUUUCAACUGAUCACCAGCUAGAUUCAGUAAAAGAACACAUUAAACGGGGGAUUCUGUCGUGGGACAUUGAUUUGACCAUUUGUGACUUGAACAAGGAACUGAAGCUCUUUGAAGCAAGACACUCUGCCCACUUCUCGUCAGAGGUGAAAGGACAGAGACUUUUGCAAUACAAGAGUGAUGUCCUGGAGACUGUUGUUUUGGUGAAUCCUUCUGAGGAGAAUAUUGCUAUAGAGUUCAGAACACUGCUCUGUGACUCAGCAGGACAUAAGUUAUUGGUCCUAAGUGGGCAAAGUACUGAACAGACUGGUGACAUUAUCCUGCAAAGUGGAGUGUUUGGUUGGAAAAAUUUCUCUGACAUUCUCUCAAGUCGUAGGAUUAAAGACCUCUUAAACCAGCCAUCCACAGGUCAGCAAGCCUGUUUGACUGUGUCCUGUAAAGGAGAGGGGGGCUGGAGCUCCCUUGGGUACGUGCAGGACCAGAGCUUACUGAAGUACAGACUGAACCCUGAGCCUGUGUUGCCUGAGAUGGAAGGUGUGAGCGAGUUCACAGAAUAUGUCUCUGAGACAGUGGACGUUCCCUCUCCUUUUGAGCUCCUGGAACCACCAACCUCAGGAGGGUUCCUCAAGUUGUCCAAGCCAUGCUGCUAUAUCUUUCCCGGAGGACGGGGCGACUCUGCUUUGUUUGCUGUCAAUGGCUUUAAUAUUUUGAUUGAUGGUGGAUCAGACAGAAAGUCUUGCUUCUGGAAGCUGGUCAGGCAUUUGGAUAGGAUUGAUUCUGUUCUCCUUACCCAUAUAGGGGCAGAUAAUCUCCCCGGCAUAAAUGGACUGUUACAGAGAAAAAUCGCGGAGCAGGAGGAAGAGAAGAGCCGUGGCUCAAAUACCUAUGGAGACUGGAUGAAAAACCUGAUCUCACCAGAGCUUGGUGUUGUGUUCUUUAAUGUUCCAGAAAAGCUGAAGAUGCCUGAAUCCACACUGAAAGCAAAGAGGAGCAUUGAGGAGGCCUCUCUUACAUUGCAGUACCUUCACAAACUAGGCAUCAAUCCUGAGCCUCUUUAUAGAGUUGUAAGCAACACAAUUGAGCCUUUAACACUCUUUCACAAGUUGGGUGUUGGGAAACUAGACAUGUAUGUUCUAAAUCCUCUCAAGGACAGUAAGGAAAUGCAAUUCUUCAUGCAGAAGUGGGCUGGUAAUAGUAAAGCUAAAACUGGCAUUGUUCUGUCCAAUGGCAAAGAGGGUGAGAUUUCCGUUCCUUACCUCACAUCAGUGACAGCUCUGGUUGUGUGGGUACCUGCCAGUCCAACUGAAAAGAUUGUGAGAGUACUGUUUCCUGGAAAUGCCCCACAAAACAAAAUAUUUGAGGGGUUGGAAAAGCUGAGGCAUCUCGAUUUCUUGCGCUAUCCAGUUGCCACUCAAAAGGACAUGUCAUCUGGAGCUCCACCUCCACUAAUUAAACAAACUAAAAUGAGGCUGAGAACUGAUAGCAAAGAAAGUCUCAAAUCAUCCACUAAAAUGUCUUCCACUACAAAAGCGAGCAAGAGAGAGGCAAAUGAAGACAUUGAGUCAAAGAGUGAAUCUGUAAAGGAGAACUUGAAAGUUGAAAAGAAAGAGAAGAAAAUAAAAGAGACUGUUAAAACUCCAAAACCACUGAAACCUAAAACGGCGUCACCCGAUUCACUUAAGCAAGAGAAAAAGAAACUACAGAGAGAAAAAUCUCCUAAAAAACAUAUCAAGGAGAGGGCAUCUAAGAUGGAGGAAAAGAAAGAUCAGGAAAAGACGGACACAAAGAAAGAAAAAACAGAUGUAAAAAAAGAGGGCGUAGUUAAAAAAGAACUCAAAAGUAAAGAGGAGAAGAAAAAAGAAAAAGACAAAAUUAAGCCAGAGUUGAGAAAAAACAAACCCGACUUAAAGCCUUUCACCCCUGAGGUCAGGAAGACUCUGAACAAAGCAAAGGUUCAAGUAAAGCCUAAAACAGAAAAAACUAAAGCUGCAAAGGAGCAAGAAAACAGGCCAGCUGCUAAACAAGCUUCAGUGGUGAAACAGGAGAGUGAUAGGUCCUUAGUCUCCUCCCCAGAGGAUCUUACCAAGGAUUUUGAAGCCUUGCGACUGGAAGAGGAGCUUUCCAAGCCCAAAGAUGGCAAAAUACUCCCAAAUCUUUUGUCUGCAGUGGACACUGUCGUCCCUGACAUUGAAUCUCCUGAUGAAGGAAUAACCACAACUGAUGUUGAGACAGAGUCCCCUCACGAGGAACGGGUGUCAUAUGGAGGAAUCACAAAUAAAGCCACUGGUAGAUUUGAGGAUGAAUGUGCGACUACAGAAGAUGACAUAGAGGAUGACUAUACCACAAAACUGAACAGUGCUAAAACAUCUGACUUUGUGGAGAUGGGUGAAGUUAAAAAAUGGCAAGAAAAUGCCAAAGAAGAAAAACCCAAAAAGAGUGAAAGUGAAGAAGAUGAGGAUGUGAUUGAGAAAGCAGAGCUUGAGGAAGCAGAGGAUAUAGUUCACGAGACUGAGCUCAAGUACAAGUCAGACGAGGCUAGGAAAGAAAAACUUGGAAAGGACUGGGAGACAAAACAAAGUGACAUUACAUCUGCCAAACCACUGGGUGCUGCAGAGCAUGUUUCUUUCAUCCAAGAUGAGACCAUUCCAGGCUACUCGGAGACAGAGCAGACCAUCUCUGAUGAGGAAAUUAACGAGGAGACAGAGGAGAGAAUCCCACAUCUUCAAUAUGAUGUUGGCUCUUAUGACAUCUCAGUUCCUGAUGAACCAGGGACUUUUGACACCAUCCAUGGCAUGAAACCACCAACCAUAUCUGUUGCGUCUGAGUUAUCAUCAAAGGGUUUCGCACUAGACCAGGAGCCAGUUCUGUCAGCUUAUGCAUCCAAUAUAGUUGCGGCUCCAUUGGCUGAAGAAGAACAUAUAUCAUCGGCCACCUCCAUCACCGAAUAUGACAAAUUAUCAUCCUUUGCAACAUCUGUUACUGAAGAUCAGUCAAUAGCAUCUGUGACAGCACCACCUACAGAAGAUGCAGGAAAAAGCUCUUUACUCUUAGAUACUAUAAAUAGUAUACCAUCAUCUGUACAGACAGAUGCCACUCAUGGAAAGGAGUACCUCCACUCUGCUGGAACUAUAUCUCCAACUUCUUCCUUAGAGGAGGACAAAUGUUUUAAAUCACCUCCAUCAGAGGAGUAUCUACCAAUUGUUCCAGAAACAGAACCUACAGUGAAGGCUACAGUUCCCACAAAUUAUGAGGAUGAAGAGGAUGAGGAAGAGGAUGAGGAUCAGACACCAAAUGUUGAUAUGCCACUUGGAAAGAUCCAUGAGGGUUACGCUUCUGCUGCUAUGCUCCAAGACAUUGAAAAACCUUCUGAUAACUUUCCCUCAUCGCCUGCGCCUAUUUCUCCUCCUGUGAUGUAUUUUGGCACACCAGAAAAAGAUGAAAAGGGACUCUCACUCUCUAAGGAUGAAUCUAAAUUGGGCGCCUCUGAUAAAAGUUUGUCCUUCUCACCAAAUUUGCCUUGCACCUCAGAGACGAGUAUUAUCUCAGAGAGUGAAGAAAGAUGCCUCAGCCCAGAUGACAGCACUGUGAGAUUUGCCUCACCCACACAAUCAGGACCGACCAGCAGUAGCUACUCGCCCACUGAGGAAAGGUCACAAAAGCCAAUGAUUAUGGACAAAGAUGAAAGAAUAGACAGGGAGACUUUUGACUCUCAGAGGUAUAUGACCCAAGAUGCUGCUGCUGACAAAAUGUCUCAAAGUCUGAAAAGUGUGAAAAUAAUUGAUGACGAAGUGGACCCUUUUGGAAAGGGGUUCUCUAGCACUAAAACUGCAAUUUGUGACUCUGAAGAGGAUGAAGAUGAAGAGAAAGAUGAUUAUUAUGGAAAGGGAAGCUCUAAAGUGUGUGGUAAAUCUAAAUACAUAGAGGAGAGGGAGUGCACUUUUCUUGACGAAGAAUACCCCAAUGAGGCAACACUCCUGAAAGAGGAGAAGCUGUUUGAAAAUGAGAAAGAAUCUGUGGAUAAGGAAGAUAAACCACAAAAUGUGACCUACUUGGGCCAUGAGCACAAAUCCCAGAUGCUCAGCUCAGGAGAGGAAGAUGAAAGUGAAACUGAAGAUGGUACUUACUCAAGCGUAAAAGGACCACAGGACAAGUUAGAUUCCAUGUCAGCAAACCAAGGCAAAAAAGAUGUGUCAUUUUCAGAGAUAGAUGACCCAAACGUGGUCUCUAAAGACAGCGAUAAAAGUGUCCAUUUCAACUUAUAUUCCUUCCCAGAGUGUGAGAAAGGCCUCAAAGGAGAAUGUGAGAGGGUGGUUAGGCAAGAUACCCCCUAUGUCGGGAAAAGCUUUACAUAUUCUGAUGUGUACGACAGUAAAUCAAGUUCAGUGGAUUCCUACUCUCCAAAUCUGCCUGCUGAGACCACUUUUGAUGAUACUGAUGUCACUCUAAAGAAAGCAGAAAAGGAGACUUCCCUAGAAUCUUCCACUGGCAAAAUGUAUGACUUUAAAGCAUCAGAUGCAAAGGAAACAUCAUUAGCUUCAUAUGGUGAAACACAAAGUGUCUACGGGACACCACAGUUUAGAGAUAACACUGAAGGAACAUUCUCUGAGAAAAUAAAUAAAGUUGAAGAAAAGACAAUUGAGAAAACCUCACCUGCUUCCGCAGAGAGAGACCCCUUUUCAGUUAAAUUUGAAAACCCAGAUUUCACUGGGAUGACAGAGGUUGGUGCAUCACAAUCAGUCCAUUAUGCAGCGGACAGUAAAACUAUGAGUUCUAUGUUAGGCCAAUCUACAUUUAGCACAAAAGAAGUAAUAGCUGGAAACAUGAAGAUGUUUGCUGAUGGAGAGGAUGAGGAUGAAGAGGAUGAUGAAGAUGAUGAGGAUGAUGAGGAUGUAAGUGAUAGUGAUACUGAGAAAGGUGCCAAAGACAGACAAGAGAAAGAUGCCCAGUGCCCACUGACUAGUGCUAUUAGCACUGUACCUACUCAAUUCCAGGAUGAAAAGAAAGACACCAUUACUAAUGACUACAGCUUUGGCUCUGAAACCUUUGGGAAAUCUCUAGGUUCAACCACAUUUGAAUCCACCCUAAGCCAUGAGGGCCCCAAGGACUCAUUUCAAACUGAUAAAGGUGAUGCCUCAUCCUUUCCCAAUGAAAGUCAAAUGACAGUCUCCUCUGGAUUUCAACAUUCUUCAAGUGAGCAGAAAAAUAAGUUUGUAGAAAAUGAUGAGAAAUGUGUCAAGUCAAAUUUGCCCCUCUCAAUAAAGUCUCCUGAAGAUAAAUACUCUACUCACUAUGAUGGCAAAGAUAUUGAGUUUGACAAGCAAAAGACACCAGAUGCAGUGGAGAAAAAAACAGCAGACCCUGUUUCAUUGGGCAUCGGUUACGCAACUAUGUCAGCCACAGCAUACUCUUCUUCCUCUUCUUACAGCCAUUCUUCAUCAGCUUCAGCAUCUCUGUCCACUAGCCACCAGUUUGGGGAUGAGUUAGAGACUCCAGCCUGUACUGGAAUAGAGUUCUCAUCUUUCAAAGAUGAACAUUCACCAGUAGUUGAUUCACCUUUUUCCAGUUCCGGUGGGCAGGUUAAGGAUGACUAUUUAGAAGUGUCCGAGAAACUGACUCCUGCAACCACUACUGCGGAAUCCACCCCUAGUCUUGCAAGAUUCUCACCAUUAUCACCCUUUGAGGAGAUCAAACCUUUCCCUCCACAUGCUGGUACAAGUGAUAAGAAAGAUCCUGCUUAUUCUACAAGCAAUAUAUCAGAUCAAGGCCCACAAACUCAGUGCUUUUAUAAGCCGGAGUGGGACGAGGACUCAAGAUUACAAGCUGAAUUUGGUGCAACUGGACCUUAUUCCACAAUCCCUCCGACCACACAGAAAGACACCAUGCCUGAAGAUCUGUAUGGUGCUUCAUCAACAUUGACAUUUGAGUGCCCUGAAAAACAGUACUAUGAAGACACAGAGAGUAGUGAAGAGGAGGAUGAUUACAUGUACGAAACUGAACAACAUAAACUUCAGUACCAAAGAUCUACACUUACAGCUCAAGCAGAUAAGAAAGAUGCCAACUUUUCCUUGGGUGAGACAAGAACAAAGGACAUAACUUCUGGUUUAGGAGCCACUAUUCCAGAUGCCCUUACCUCAUAUCCUUCCUCUUUCCCCGAGGCUAGAAAACCAGACACAACAAAUGGGCCUGCAGAAGUUAGUUUGAGUGCACCAGAGGCUUUUGCUGGAACCAGCAAUUUGGGGAUAGGCUUGUCAAAAACAGAGACAAAAGGCCAAGAAUUUGAUGUAAAGAAAAUUAGGAGUCCAGGUGAAUGGGAAAUGCAGCAGAAACGAGACAUCUACCCUGGGGCAUCCCCACCUCACUAUCGACAUGAAGAUGAGUUUGAAGAAGAAGAAGAGACUGAGCCAGAGCACCCAGCCCGUCCUCUUUCCCUCUCCACAGACCAACCGUUCCAACCCUCUUAUUAUGCAGACGAUCCAAGCAGACACGAUGAUGACUCUGACUAUCCUACAGAUGUUGGUAUCCGUCCACAUUCAUCCAAAGCUUCCCCAGGCUAUUCUUCCUGUGAGUACAAGCAGAGGAGAGGAGACACAUCUCCAUCCUUUAUCAACCCAAGCUUAUGCCAACUUUCAAGUGACGAAGAAAAUGAGGAACAGAGAAGCCAAGCAUCUGAUCAACAGCAACCUUGUGGGAAGACAAGAUCCGACAAACAACCUCGCCACCACUCUCACAGUCAUCAUGGCGAGGACAGUGAAUUGCAACACUUCUCUGGAGCCUUGGCCGCUGGGAUUAGUGCCAGUGGGGAGGACACCCCUCCAACUUCUGUCAGUGAGCCGUCGCAUUCCCAGUCAGAUUCUGAUGUUCCACCAGGUACAGAAGAGUAUCCAUCGAUCACAGCAGAAAGAAACAAUGACUCGGAUGAGGAUGCAGAUUACCUGCCUAUAGAUAAAUCAUCUGGAGCUUAUGGGGAGAAGCAUUACUCAUCUAGGUCACCUAACAAAAGUCACGAUCCCCUCCCGUCACCAAUGAGGGACCCUGCUCCUUAUUCCCCUCACCCUGACGUAUGUAUGGUUGACCCCGAGGCUCUGUCAAGCAUAACAGACAAACCAGUCAAGAAAGAUACCAAAACAAAGGGUUUACGUAAAUUGAGUAAGACAAAGUCCUCAUCUCCUGCUCGGAAGACUGGGCGGAAGAAGUCCCCAUCCAAGGAACCCUCCACUCACACCACCUCUCUUAGGAAGAAGGACAUGGAUGAUGAUCUGUCAAGGUCAAGCCACAACACAGGCAAAGGCCUCGUCAAUGGCCUUAAGAACAGUGCAGGUUCGAAUUAUGCAAAAUUCAGCGCAGCUGUGCCCCCUGGUCCUCCUAUCUAUGUUGAUCUGGCCUACAUUCCCAACCACUGCAGUGCUAAAAAUGUGGACCAGGAGUUUUUCAAACGUGUUCGCUCUGCAUAUUAUGUAGUGAGUGGAAACGACUCCAGCAGUGGAGAACCGAGCCGUAGUGUACUAGACGCCUUGCUUGAGGGAAAGGCACAGUGGGGAUCCAAUCUACAGGUAACAUUGAUACCUACUCAUGACACAGAAGUGACCCGUGAGUGGUAUCAGCAGACCCAUGAGAAGCAACAGGAGCUGAACAUCAUGGUCCUGGCCAGCAGCAGCACAGUUGUGAUGCAGGACGAGUCAUUCCCUGCCUGCAAAAUAGAGUUCUAAAUUCAGCAUGGCUCCCUGGUUCGCAUCUUUACUCUCAAAUGGUCCGUUACAGCCUUGAUUGUAGUUUACUCACUUUUUAUUUUUAACUUCUCAUGGUUUAAAACAGCACAUGUUGUCUAUUGCCCUAAAACCCAAACCUAAAUUAUCCUUUCCUGUGAUGAGUUUAGUUACUGGAAUUCAAGAGAACAAAAGGAAGACGUGCCUUCACUUUUCAGGGUGGCUUUUCCCUUUACGUUGUACAAUACAUAUAUACAUAAGGUAAUAGAUUUCUUGCUGAAAAUUCUUAACCCUUAGAUUUUGGGCUAAACUUGUUUAAACUAGUUUUCAUGGUUACAUUCCCAGUCAUAGUUUUAUACUGAACAAGGUUACCAAAAGAGUGUGAUAAAUACAAUAACAAAGUUGAUAUACUGUAUAGCCUUGUUUACAAUGAUAUUUAACUGAAGCACAAGUAUACCUCUUUACUUAUUUUUGAACAAAAGCACCAGAAAGUCACCAAAUACUGCUUCUCAACCAGAUUAGAUACCCCUGUUUUCAUCUUAUUAGUUCAUGUACACUUUAUCAUUUGCUUUUAGGCCCUGAUUUAUAUAUCAUCCUCUUACAUAGCACAAACACUCACUCUACAUGUCAAAUUAUCGUCUAUUAAUCAAGGUUUCCCACAUUCAGAUACCAAUUGAGGCUACAUAAAUCAGCAGAGAGUUUAACAAAUACCUGGGUGCUAGUAUUUCACAAAUAGGAAUUUAGUUAACAAAAAACAUGAAGAGGUUUAAAAAUAAAUAAAUAAAAAUGCAUAUGCUGGACAUGUAGUUGUGCUGCAACUUAUGUGGUUUUCACAAAAUGACUUAACAUUCCUGUCCUUGCUUUGAAUUUGUAUUGUAGAAUGACAGCAUCAGCAACAUUAAAUUAAUAAAUAUUGCAACUAGAUCGGGACAAAAUUCUGUUUGUAAAUGAAUGCUGAAAAACAAUUGAAUAAAGAAUAAUGCUUAGACGGUAGGUUUAUUGUCAGGACUAAACAACAGAGUGGAAGUUUUGGAGUCAAAUCUUAUUUUCUCAUUAAAUGAUGUAUAAAGUGUAUGUUCACAGAGUUUAUGAUUAUUUUUAGUGUUUAUGACAUUGAGAAGUAGGUUCUAUUCCUAAUUUCGUCUGAUUUUGAAGAAACUUCUUUAGCACCUUGUUAUGAUUUCCCCUUGAAUUCUAUUGGUUAUAAAAUGUAUAUAAGACAAAAUUUCUUAAUGUAAAGGAAUAGGAAGAAAGGACGACUGAGAAAAUGCAAGCCAAAGUUGCCGGCAAUGGAAAUGCAUGGUAUUCAAUGAAUACACUUAUGUAUGAACGUUUUUCCCAUGUUUUUGCAUAGGGUGAUAUGAAAGAAGUGAGCUGCGGAUACUGCACUUAAACCUAUUCCAAAAAUGUUAUUGUAUGUUUAAAGUUAUUCAAAGCAGAUUCUGGCUUUUAUAUGAGACAUACACCUUUAUCUUGACCGGUACUGCAAGAGCUGUUGUUUUCAUUCCAAUCAAUAAACUAUACGUGUAGUAUCAAGAUAUAGGUGACAUUUUGAAGUAUAAAAGUAAUUUCUUGAUUCAAAGACGGGCAAGUUUACUGUAAACAGUGAUCAGUUGACUUAACUUAAAAAAAGGUGACUAACUUGAGUAAUUGAACAAAUUACGUUAUGUGAAUUUGACAAUUGAAGCAAAUAAUUUGAAUGCAACAGGUAUCGUAUUUUUUUUUUUAAGUUAAGUCAACUGAUCACUUUUUACCGUUUAUUUUUUUGACUUUCUGUUGUUCAGAAUGAACAGCGAUGGACAGAAAUCAUGCUGUCAUAAUACGCCCGCAGAAUUGUUUUUCUUUGUGCAUAUUUAAAUAUGUAAGGUUUAAAAAUAUCUGAUCAUGUGACACUAUGCUCGUGUCACAUAGCAGGAUCAAAUAUGAAAGGAAUAAUGAUCUUGUAUCAAUUACUGAUGGAUAGAAAACUCUGUUAAAGAACUGUAUGCACUGCAUGUAUAUUACCAUGAGGUAACAGCCUGAACAUGCAUUUAAGUACUGCUAUGCUUUUACUGUAGGUGCUUGGCUCAAUUCAUUCCUAUAUUAAAGAAAGAAGGUUGGAAGGGAAAACUUCCCUUUUUUUAAGGUCCAUUUGGGUCAAAUCUGUAAUACUGUUCACAAGAUUUUAGUUUUUACAAUUCUGAUUUACUUAGUCUCUCUUAUUGGUCUAUAAGAUUUGAUUGUUGACCUUCAUCAUUGGAGAAAAGUCCAUAUUUACAGCUAGACAAAAUGGUUCAGCACACCCCUUGAUAUUUCUCUGAGGAACAAUGUAUGAGGAUACACGGUUAAUGCUUGCCUCUAAUGUUUUUAAGGUGCUGUAACUUUUGAGCUGGUUAUUUGGCUGUGACAUGGUGAAACCCAGAUGUGACCUCGCAGUACCACAGAAAACAAAACAAACACAUACAAGUACCAGACUGCAGACUGCCAGAUCAAGUGACUAGAUCACCGAUCACGUUUUAUAUUCAAGAUUUGUAAGUGUCUUGUGUGAUUUAUUUAUUUAUUUUUGAUUUUUUUUUUAAGAUGACAACUGAAAAAGUUUGAAAAAUAAAAUAGUCGUGAUGUGCUGUGCAAAACAUCCCUUAGUUGCAAUGUUGAGUUUGCCAUCUCAGUAGAAUCAAAACUGAAAUAUAGCAUUCCAUUGAGCCUAGCUGUUUAAUGCAUGUGAUCUUAAUUUCAAACUUGUAUGUAAUAGUUCUUAGUUAUAUCAAAUAAAGUACUAUUUUAAACAUAUUUAAAUGAUAAUUGUACUGAAAGGCACAUAUAACCAAGCCGCGCUAUCAUUUCCAGCGUGCAGUGUUGUUAAGAAAAUGUAGACUUGGAUUUAUUUUUCAUUUUCCAUGUUUUCAUUACGUUUGCUUUGAUUUUUCUCUCUCUUCAUGUGCAAUACUCUGUAUCUUUCUUUAAGCUCUCUAAAUGAGUGUCUACAAAUAUGUUGUAGAAAGGUAAACCUGAUAAUCACUAAUAAAAUAUGUUAAUGGAAAAUA